AUGCGACGGGUCCCUACGCGCGCACCGCCCCUAGCCCCGCCCAAGGAGCGGAGCCUCAGAUUAACACUGCGGUGGUGGCCCCGGGCGAGGGCAGCAGGCGUUACUGCUGACAAGCUCGCGAAGGCGGACAGAGAGCAAACUUUAACCUUUGUAACUGGACACCGCAGCCUGAACAUCAGACCUGCGGUCGGCGCUCAGAAACCCGAAGCUUUCCUAGCGAAAUGUAAUGGAGAGAUGACCAACGCCACCACCUGUGUGAUCUUAACAUCUCCGAGUCUCAGGUGCCUCAUCUGUAAAACGGGGUUCAUUCAGAAAACAAUUUGCAUUCCUGUCUUUGUGCCAAAUACUCCCUUUGGGAUACAGCAGCAUCCCAAAUCCAAUACGUUGUCCCAAAAUAUCCCAUUCUAUGUCCAAAAUCCCAAAGUAUUCAAUACUUUGGCCACCUGA